CAAAGAAAAAUCAACCAAAAAAAUGAGUUCGUGUGUCACUGCUGACACGCAUGUCAUAGGUUCGCCAUCACUGCCCUAGACUCUGGCCUGAGCCAAGAAUGUUGUAAACAAGCAGAGGAGGACCCAGGGCUGAGGCAAAUGACAUUCGGGAGCUGCAGAGCUUCCAGGGGAUAGGACUCCCCACCCGAGCUGGUCUGGACUCUGUGUUCAGCCGGUCUGGCUGAGUGCCUGAGGUGGAAGUGCUUGGCUUUGCCUGCCCAUGGCACUGUCCAGUCGGUCGGGGAUGCAUUUGUAGGACUGAGCUUUGCAGCUGAUGCUCUUGGCUGCUGAGGGGCUCCCUGGAGGCUGGGCUGGGGACUGGGCGUCCGGAGUUGGGCUCAGCUGCAGGAUGUUUUGGGUUUGAGGACAGAUAAAUAGUAAGGUAGUAUUACGGCCUGGGCUCUUCCCUACCUUUUAGGAGGGCCAAGCUCAAGCUGUUUGCUACCCAACACCUUUUUUCUAUUAACUAAGAAUCCGGCCCAUCUGGGUAGCAACAGCCUCCUGCUGCCAACAACCAAGGAUUUCACAUUUCUACGGGAUGGAAAGAGCCCUGGGAAGCCAGAGCCAGCUCCUCCCUGUUUUGCUUUGAAGACUGACACGCAAAGCAGGGAACACUUGAGCAGCCUGCAGUGGAAAGCUGGAGCCAUGGUGUGUGGCAAACGGAUGCAGGAGCAGAGAGCAGCCAGGGAGAGCAGAACUCGGAGGACGUGGUGGGGCAUGGCGGGGAAAAUUAAGUUCCUGGCUUGGCUAAUGGUAGCCAUCUGCCUCCUCCCUGGGUUGACUACAACCCAGCGCCACGAAGGGCAGCCCAUGGACAGCACCAGCGUGGCAAGUGGCCUGCAGGAGCCAGAGGCCCCGGAAGUGAUGUUUGAGCUGCUCUGGGCCAGGCUGGAGCUGGAUGUCACGGGGCAGCUGCACAUCCAGGACGAGGAACUGGCAUCCACACGUCCAGGCCGCCGACUCGGGCUCCUCCUGCAGCACCACGUGCCCAGUGACUUGGAGGGCGCUGAGCAGCGGCUGCAGCAGUUCCAGGACCUGCGGAAGGGGCCUCCUCUUAGCCCCUGGGAUUUUGAACAUCUGCUCCUCACCGGCCUAUCCUGUGUCUACCGGCUCCACAAGGCUUUGGAGGCUGAGGAGAGGGGUCGCUGGGCCCAGGUCUUUGCCCUCCUGGCACAGGAAACACUCUGGGACCUGUGCAAAGGCUUCUGCCCCGAGGGCCAGCCUCCUUCUUUGGGGCCCUGGGCCUCAAUCCUUGACCCCUUCCCCUGACCCUCCCCUUUCACCCUAAUUCCCACCCCCAAGCCAGACUCAUCCUGGGCAGAGGCUUCCAUAUGGCACCUGGUUCUUCCCACCGUGUUCCGGUUCUUGGGCUUAGGGCUGCACCCUGGACCAUGCUUACCUCUCCCCCGUCUUCUUCCCUGGGCCCUGACAGGCAAAGAGGCCAGACUCUGGGUGCCAGGCAGCAGGUGCAAAACUAAAGGCAGGACUUGCAGGCAGUGUGUGUGGUGUGUGGUUGGUGUGUGUGUGGUUGGUGUGUGUGUGUGAGUGG